UCCUCACUCCAAUCCAAAGCCCCCCAUCUCUCUCUCUCUCUAUUUCCUCAUCUUGAACCUCUCUCUCACUACCUCUUACUUUCUCUCUCUACACCAGCGCUUCUCUCCAUGGAGAGAGCCGUUCUCCUUCGCUCUCUCUCGUCUUCUACUCUCAACUGCACAAGACUACUCUUCUCUCGCUCUUCACCCAGACUCGCUCGUCGUAUCUCCUCUGUCUCUCGCUCUUCACUCAGAAGACAACAACAAUUAAUCCCAAACCUCCAUAGACGCUCUCUUCAUCGCAACAAUCUCAGACGAAUUUCAACCGCCUCAUCUAUUCCAUUUCAAUCAAAGAGAAGCUUAUCUCUUCUCUCCCCGAGAGCCAUUGCCACUUCCCCAGCGCAACCCUCUCCAGAUGUGGCUGGGGGUCAUGAUGAUGUAGUGCCUGAGAGGUUUGGGUUUGAGAAAGUCUCGGAAGAGUUUAUUGAAGAGUGUAAAUCCAAAGCUGUUCUUUUCAAACACAAGAAGACUGGGACUGAAGUCAUGUCUGUGUCGAACGAGGAUGAGAAUAAAGUAUUUGGUAUUGUUUUUCGCACUCCUCCGCAAGAUUCAACUGGGAUUCCUCACAUAUUGGAACACAGCGUAUUGUGUGGGUCAAGAAAGUAUCCCUUGAAAGAACCAUUUGUUGAACUCUUAAAAGGGAGCUUGCACACUUUUCUGAAUGCAUUCACAUAUCCUGAUAGGACUUGCUAUCCAGUUGCUUCCACAAAUACAAAGGAUUUCUAUAACUUGGUAGAUGUGUACCUGGAUGCCGUCUUCUUCCCUAAAUGUAUAGAGGACUACCAGACUUUCCAACAAGAGGGUUGGCAUUAUGAACUAGACAACCCAUCGGAGGACAUAACAUACAAAGGUGUUGUGUUCAAUGAGAUGAAAGGUGUAUAUUCACAGCCUGAUAAUAUACUAGGCCGGACCUCUCAACAGGCUCUUUUUCCAGACAAUACCUAUGGUGUUGACAGUGGAGGUGAUCCACAAGUUAUUCCCAAACUUACAUAUAAGGAAUUCAAGGAGUUUCACCGUAAAUUUUACCAUCCCAGCAAUGCCAGGAUAUGGUUUUAUGGAGAUGAUGACCCAAAGGAGAGGCUACGCAUCUUGAAUGACUAUCUUAAUAUGUUUGAUGAAAGUUCUGCUCCCAAAGAAUCAAUAGUUAAACCCCAGAAGCUGUUUUCAAAGCCAGUCAGGAUUGUUGAGAAAUAUCCUGCUGCUGAAGGUGGUGACCUGAAAAAGAAGCACAUGGUGUGCCUGAAUUGGUUGAUCUCUGAUAAACCCCUAGACAUGGAAACAGAACUUGCCCUGGGGUUUUUAGAUCAUCUAAUGUUGGGAACUCCUGCUGCUCCAUUGAGGAAAAUCCUGUUGGAAAGUGGUCUGGGAGAUGCUACGGUUGGGGGUGGGGUUGAAGAUGAGCUACUUCAGCCCCAAUUUAGUAUUGGAUUGAAAGGUGUUUCUGAAGAUAACAUACCGAAGGUUGAAGAAGUGAUCAUGAGUACACUUAAAACUUUAGUAGAGGAAGGUUUCGAUUCUGAUGCCGUGGAGGCAUCCAUGAACACAAUUGAGUUCUCUCUAAGAGAAAACAACACUGGGUCAUUUCCCCGUGGCUUAGCCCUGAUGCUUCGCUCCAUGGGGAAAUGGAUAUACGAUAUGGAUCCAUUUGAACCCUUAAAAUAUCAAAAACCUCUGAUGGCCCUGAAAGACAGAAUAGCUGAGGAAGGCUCCAAGGCUGUUUUUGCUCCUUUAAUAGAGAAAUUCAUCUUGAAUAACCCUCACCGUGUAACCGUUGAAAUGCAGCCUGAUCCAGAGAAGGCUUCUCGUGAUGAAGCAGCUGAGAAAGAAAUUUUGGAUAAAAUUAAAUCAAGCAUGACUGAAGAAGAUCUUGCUGAACUAGCACGCGCUACACAUGAGUUACGGUUGAAGCAAGAAACUCCCGACCCGCCGGAAGCUCUUAAAAGUGUACCAAGCCUCUCUCUGCGUGACAUUCCGAAAAAACCUAUACUUGUUCCCAUAGAGGUUGGUGAUAUCAAUGGGGUAAAAGUUUUGCAGCAUGAUCUCUUCACAAAUGACGUUCUAUACUCUGAAAUCGUCUUCAAUAUGAGCUCACUGAAGCCUGAGCUUCUUCCUUUGGUACCACUUUUCUGUCAAUCGUUGCUGGAGAUGGGUACGAAAGACUUGGACUUUGUGCAACUUAAUCAGUUAAUUGGAAGGAAAACUGGAGGAAUAUCAGUAUAUCCUUUCACAUCAUCAAUGCGGGGCAAGGAGGAUCCAUGUAGCCAUAUAAUUGUUCGAGGCAAAGCCAUGUCAGGACGCACCGAAGAUCUAUUUAACCUGGUCAACUGCAUUCUUCAAGAGGUUCAAUUCACAGACCAAAAGCGUUUCAAGCAAUUCGUUUCCCAAAGUAGAGCAAGAAUGGAGAACCGAUUAAGAGGCGGUGGUCAUGGUAUUGCAGCUGCAAGGAUGGAUGCAAAGUUAAAUGUUGCAGGAUGGAUUGGUGAACAAAUGGGUGGUAUCAGUUACCUGGAAUUUCUACAAGCCCUUGAAGAGAAAGUUGAUCAGGACUGGACUGGAAUCUCUUCAUCUCUUGAGGAGAUACGCAAAACCUUAAUUGCAAGGAAAGGUUGCUUGAUAAAUUUGACUGCUGAUAAAAAAAACCUUAGUAACUCAGAGAAACUUGUUGGCAAAUUUCUUGAUUUGCUUCCGGCAACUUCUUCUGUUGAAUCAACUACUUGGAAUGGUAGACUUCCUUCAACAAAUGAAGCCAUUGUGAUACCUACUCAGGUUAAUUAUGUCGGAAAAGCAGCUAACAUCUAUGAGACUGGUUAUCAGCUAAAGGGAAGUGCAUAUGUUAUUUCUAAACACAUUAGUAAUACAUGGUUGUGGGAUCGUGUACGAGUUAGUGGUGGGGCUUAUGGAGGCUUCUGCGAUUUUGAUACUCAUUCUGGUGUAUUCUCAUUCCUAUCUUAUCGGGAUCCUAAUUUGUUGAAGACACUUGAUGUAUACGACCGGACUGGUAAUUUUCUACGUGAAUUGGAAAUGGAUGAUGAUACUCUUACAAAAGCAAUUAUUGGGACCAUUGGAGAUGUGGAUUCAUACCAGCUACCUGAUGCCAAAGGAUAUAGUAGUUUAUUAAGACACCUACUGGGCAUCACAGAAGAAGAACGGCAAAGGAGACGUGAAGAGAUAUUAUCAACGAGGUUAUCCGACUUUAAGGAAUUUGGGGAAGUAAUCGAGGCGGUUAAAGAUAAAGGGGUUGUGGUUGCUGUGGCAUCUCCAGAUGACGUUAAUGCUGCAAACAAGGAGCGGUCUAACUUUUUUGAUGUGAAGAAAGUCCUGUAAUACUUCCCAAAGAAAUUAUGUGAAGAAGGGGCAAAUUCACCCUAUUUUCACCAAUUGUGAGAUGCCGUGUCAUUACAAUUGCUUUCAUUACAUAGGAGGACGGAGGACGGUGACUUCAGAGCAUGAAAUGUGUACAAAUAUUGGUGACAUUUAAAGCUGUUGUAUGUUCAUAAGUUAUAGGUUUCCCUCAUUUAAUUUUCACCUUAAAUAUGGGCAUGAAAUUUUCAUGUGUCUUCUUUACUACCCUUUUCCCCAUUUGAUUUAAUGAAACUUGUCCUGAAGCUUCAAACAGUGCAA